AUGAGCCGGCAGAAGUGGAAGCGGCACCGCUCCGAGUUUCUCGACGACGACUGCGGCCAGAACGCCCUGCAGUUGGCCGCACGCGGAAGCACCAUCAUUGCGGAGAUCCUGCGUCUCUCCGCACAUAUCCCGCGUGAAUUCAUCCGCCCUGAGGAGACAGAGUACGCUCCUCUCAUCAGCGACUUCCGCUACUUCAAGGCGCAGGACGAGUUCGAGAAGAAAAUCCAGGAUUCCAUUGAGCUGCUGCAGAAGGACGAGAUCUUCGCCAAGACCCACAUGGAGCUCCUUGAUCGCUUCUUCAAACUGUUCCGCGGUGUGUAUGGCUACGUGAUGGAGCUGAACCGCUUCAUUGAGGAGAUACGCGAGGGCAUGUACAUCUCGCAGACGCUCGAGUCUAUUCUGGUGAAUAUUGACGGCAAACAGCUGCUGUGUGAAAUUCUGCACCUCUACGGCGUAAUGCUGCUCCUGUUGGACUACAAGGUCGGGGGCAAGACGCGGGAAAACCUUCUCGUGAGCUACAUUCGCUACAAGGGCGCUGGCGAGCCCAACAUGGUGGAGGUGACGAACUUGUGCCGCACGACUGGGUACGAGUUCGACCAGACGCUUCCGGAGUGCUACCCGGUCUCGUACUUCAACCGCGUCCCCAUCGACAAGGAAGUGGUUGGCAUGGUUAUUGGGCGCAUCCGCUCCGACGACAUUUACCAGAUGGCGUACAACUUCCCCGCACCGGAGCACCGCAGUGCGGCACUUGCGCUGCAGGGGGCCGCACUCUAUGUGUUGCUGUUCUUCCGGCCAGAGAUGCUCCACCACGAGGGCCCUGUCAUGCGGGAAAUUGUCGACAAGCACUUUGCCGACAACUGGGUCAUCAACUACUACAUGGGCUUCACGGUGGACCUCACCAUCGCCUGGCGGGACUUCAAGGCGGCCAGCGCGGCCAUCAGCGGCACUGUUGCGGUGGACAACAUAGCGUACCACCUCGAGAGGAUGCGCGGCAGCAUGUCGAGCCUCAACACAUCCAUUGGGGAGGUGCUGCGGGAGGGCGUGUUGACGGAGCAGUACGUGCUGGACAACAUUCACUCCGUUCUGCUGCCCCGUAUCCGCGAGGCCAACGUGGUGCUGCGCUGGUUCAUCCUGCACACCACCCGAAACGGGCCUUGCAGUCGCUACCUCGAGAAGUAUAGGCGCGCGUAUGAGAUGGUGGCGGGCGGCGUCACAGAGGACGACAUCAUCACACUGCUGCUGCGCACCGCACAGCUGGAGUUUACGCUGCGCGCCAUGUUUACCGCCCUGCUGAAGCAGAAACGUGCCAUGUGGGAGGCCUCACGGGAGGAAGGAGCGAUGAAGAUGUCGAAGUUGUCGACAUUCUUCUCCGGGGAACAUGUGCUCAGCGACAAUGUACGUGACCCGCAGCUGGAGGCGUGGUUUGCAGAAAUAUCGGAGCGCAUAAAGGGGCUCGAGUACGCCGACAGCAUAGUUGCCAGCCGUAAAAUUCAAAAGUUGAUGAAGGCGCUUGAAAGCGUGCAGGAAUUCCACCAGAUUGACAGCAAUCUGCAGGUUGUGCAGUUCGUGCAGGACACGCGGUUUCUCCUGCGGCAGAUGAUACGCUACAUCAACAUUGAGAACAAGGUGCUCAUCACCAUCGCCACUGUUGGCGACCUGUCAUAUGCGUGGGAGCGCAUGGCCACGUACCGCUACUUUGUGGAGGCCAUUCAGAUGAAAAUCAAGCAGCGGCCGGAUCUUGCUGUGCAGAUGCGCGCCGUCUUCGUGAAGCUGGCGUCUAUGCUCGAGCUGCCAUGCAACCGCAUUGAUCAAGGAGCGCAGAAUGACGUGCGUCUCUUGGUGGCGCUGGAAACCACAUCGGAGUACUACUCUGGCGAGCUCGUCGCCUUUGCACGUGGUGUGCUGCACAUUAUUCCCAUCUCCAUCUUCGAUGUGCUGCGCCGCAUUAUGGACAUUCUAACUGACGGCCUGCGCGAGUGCCCAACGAAGUUGCUGCGCAAAGAGAUGAGGAACGAGAGCCAGUUGGCGGUCCGCCAGGUGCUCUCUUCACUCACGGCAGACAUCGCCAAGUACGCGAGCGGCAUUCUGGCGAUGGAGAGCACGCUUGUGGGCGUGAUUCAGGUAGAUCCCCAUCAGCUGCUGGAGGACGGAAUUCGCAAGGAACUCGUGCAGCAAAUUACACAGGAAUUACACGCCUCGCUGUUGUUUGAUCGCAAGAAGCCUCUUUCGGCCAAGGCGUUCGAUGAUGAGCUUGCCCGUCUCGCACGCAAGCUCAACGGCAUCCGUGCGUCCUUUGAGUACAUACAAGACUAUGUGAAUGUGCAUGGUCUCCGCAUCUGGCUGGAGGAGUUCUCUCGCAUCGUCAACUUCAACGUGGAGAUGGAGUGCAACGCCUUCAUGCAGAAAAAACUGUACCCGUGGAAGUCACAGUACCAGUCGGACAGCAUUCCGAUUCCAUACUUCCAACGCGCCAAGGAGAGGUCCGCGUACAGCUUCCUGGGCAGGAUCGUGCAGCACCUCCUCGCCAUGACGGAUCCCGUGCGGGCUGUAUUUAUGACGGCAUACGGCUCGUGGUUCGGCCGCGAUUCUCUUGAGGAAGUUGUUGGCACGCGCACCUUUACGAGCAUCUGCGAAGCGAUUGGUUCCAUGGGCCUCGGCGCACUUGACCGGCUGCUCUGCUUCAUUCUUGCAAAGGAUCUGCAGCUGCUGUUGAAGGCUAUUCGCGCGGCAGUGGAACCUGUGGAGGAGGAUGUGGCGGCGAUCGGCGAGCAGCUAUGCCCCGCCAGCGACACGCCGGCCAACGCGACGCAGGCCUACGAGAAGCUCGGGGCGGCGCUCGACAGUAGCAAUGCGCACUUUGCGGAGGUAACAAAGAUUCUUGUGCGCAUCGGUCGCAUUCAGCUUAUGCGUAUCAUGAUUGCAAACGAGCUGCGUUCUUUCUGCAAGCUGAACAGUGGCUCCCUCUUUGCCGCGCUUUCGACGGCGAACGAGGGGCUGCUGACGGACUUGCGCCACCACUACCACAACCCCGACACGCACGCGAUGCCAGGUGACGUUAUUGCCGUCAUCUCACCCUUCCUCGACUGCGUUGGCAUCAGCGAUGCGCUCUCGAAGGUGUACGUGACGCCGAAGCCGAUUCCUGUCAUUGUCUUCUACCUCCUCGCACUGACGCUACGCAACGUGCCACGGAUGCGCUACGACGAGCGCUUCGCUUCAAUGCUGCCCGCGCAGCCGAAGGACCUCGUCGAUUCCGAGGCAUUUGUGAAGGGACUGGCGCUCCUGCUGAAGCAAUUCCACUCGGACCAGCUGGUGUUGCUCAUGAGUCACCUGUCGCAGGCGGUGCGUGUGCGUGUGUGUGCCUUUGCCGAGCCAGCGGUGCCACGCCAACCCGAGGACGUUCUGCCGACGGAGGCGGAGACACUCACGCAUGUCAUGCACGCGCUGGCGGCGGCGUCUGGCACGCCUCUGCUCGACUUGCACCGUACGCUGCCGGCCGUGUUGUGUGGCGCUUUCCGUUUGCCCACCCAGCGAUCGAAAAGAUAG